AUGAUCAUCGGAGGAUCACAGUACUGCAACGACACAAUCUCGGCCAACAAGGCCUACCAGCGAAAAGCCGAGUCAAGUGCAAAUUGGCCUACAUGGUCUCCUCCCCGAGAUGGUCAAAGCGACUCGAUAACUUUCACUGAAAAGGAAGCCGGCGGAAUCGAUCAACCCCACUGCGAUCCGCUCGUCAUAGAUCUCGUCAUACGAGAUCGGGAGGUCGCAAGAGUCCUCAACGACACGGGGAGCACAGUUAAUGUUAUCUUCCGCGAUACUCUCAAGAGGAUGAACAUCGAACUUGGGGAAGUUACCCCAACACCGAAACCAUUGAUGAGUUUCUCUGGCGAAACGUCAAUGACUCUAGGAUCGAUCCAGCUACCGGUCAUGGCCAAGGAAGUUACCAAGAUCGUCAACUUCGCGGUAGUUGAUCAUCCUGCCAUCUAUAAUAUGAUCAUGGGAACCCCAUGGCUGAACGCCAUGAAACCCGUUCCGUCUACAUACCACCUGGGCAUCAAAUUCCCGACUCAGAGCGGGGUCGCAGCCAUCUGGGGUUGUCCGAAACAGUCGCGACCUUGCUUUAUCGCAAAGCAUAAGUUAAGACAGAUCACAACUACCUCGAUGGCAACUCGCAAAAGCACAAAGUUAGCUCAGCCCUCGGCCGAAAACACUUCGAAGAAAGACGACCCGACUUUGUCUGCUCAAGCAAACACCUCGGACAUCGAAACUCAGCAUGAUUCCGAAGUCAACGCUACCACUCAACCGGAAAAGAAAAAGCCAAACAAAGAUAUCGACCCUGCCACAGUCGUGACGAUUAAGGCGGUCAACACAGCACCAACCGCCGAGUAA